AUGCUCAAGAAUGCGGUCUCUCUGCCACUGACUCGUCCGGUCCGUCAUCCGCCGUCCCGAGCCUCAUCCGACUCACCACCACCACAACGCUUGCGACACUGCGAAAACAAAAGCAAACUCUGGGACAUGUCCAUUCCGCCAUACCUCUCGACACCAGAUGUCAACUGUCUUGGCGGAACUAGAACCAUAAUUGAGAAGUUUUCCAGAAGGCCGAGAGCUCAUUAG